ACUUUUCCUUUUCGCAUAUCAAACACCUACAAAGAGUCUAAAAUGUCACACCAAAUCGUACUUCAUCACUUGAACGCCUCGAGAUCUGAAAGGUUAUUCUGGCUCUUAGAAGAACUCGGUCUACCUUACACGGUCAAAGUAUACUACCGUCUUCCCGGCGGUGCCGGUCCCCCUGAACUCAAGAAAGUUCACCCUUUCGGCAGAGCACCGGUGGUGGAGCUCGACGGAGAGUUGUUAGCUGAGAGUGGCUCGAUAGUCCGACGUCUUUUAGCUCUCAAGGAUGCUCCGGGGAGGGAGAAUCUGGAGGAUGUGACGGGAGAUGAUAGUGCUUUCUGGAGUCAUUGGUGUGAAGGAAGUUUGAUGACUUUCUUCCAGGCAUCCGCUUUGAUCGGAGGAUCAAGUCAAGCUUUCCUCGCUGGUGCAGGGGGACCUAUCAGUGAAGAAGGAAAAAAGAGCGUUGGGGAUUAUGCUACUUGGGUCACGACUAAUGUCUUGGGUGCUCAAAGCAAAGUCCAUCUACAAGAAAUCGAAGCUUAUCUCGCUGCUCAUCCUGGAAAAUACUUCUCUGGCACUGAUAAACCAGGAGAAGGGGAUAUACUCAUGCUUUUCCCUAUUCGAUCUUUAUUCGAAGGAUCUAGAAAAGGUAAAUUCAAAGUUGGACCAGCAACCAAAGCUUGGUUUGAUAAAGUCAAAGCUCGACCCGCUGUGAAAAAGGCGUUUGAGCGGUUGGCGAAAGAAGAAGAGGGACAGAAGAAAUCUAAUCUCUAAGUGAAAUCUAAGAUGAUUCCAAGGACAAAAGGUCGUAAGACUCGGAUACAGUAAAAGAUUAUAGGUGGGGAACAAGAAGCAACAUAUUCACACACUUCGGAAUGAAUAUGCAAGAUAUGGGUUAUGCAUCCAUUUGUUGCAAAU